AUGUCUCUCGCAUUACCGUUGCGUCAGCUCCAGGCGCGCAUUGCGCAGCCAUGGAUGUGUACAGCAUGCUCGAGAUCUCUCAGCCGCGUACCACGACCCCGCAAUAUCACAAAUCCCGUACCGCACCGGUGGAUUAGCUCGAAUAAGACCACUGGAGACACAAGGCAAGGCGCCGUGCCGAGCAUGGACCAGAUGCAUGCAAGAUACAAGCAGAAGAAUAGGACGGUCAUGAACUAUGUCUUCAGUGUCAUUGUAGGCUUCGUAGCAAUCACAUACGGCUCAGUACCUAUGUACAAGAUGAUCUGCCAGCAGACAGGGUGGGGAGGUCAACCCAUCAAAUCCGCAGCGCACGGCGGCGGCGACCCCAAUGUCGACCCGGCCGAACGACUGAAGCCCGUCGAAAAUCACCCUCGAAUUCGAAUCACAUUCAAUGGAUCUGUGUCAGAUGUUCUGCCCUGGAAGUUCGUACCUCAGCAGCGCGAGGUGCGCGUGCUGCCCGGAGAGACAGCGCUCGCCUUCUACACCGCGACCAACAAAUCGGACGAGGACAUCAUUGGCGUCGCAACAUAUUCAGUGACGCCUGGACAAGUGGCGCCGUACUUCAGUAAGAUACAGUGCUUCUGCUUCGAGGAGCAGCGGUUGAAUGCUGGUGAGACGGUGGACAUGCCGGUAUUCUUCUACAUCGACCCUGAGUUCGUCACGGAUAUCAACAUGAAGGGCAUUGAGACGGUCACGCUCAGCUAUACUUUCUUCAAGGCGAAGUACGAUAAGGAUGGGCAUCUGCGACCAGUGCCCAUGGGGUAG